UGCCCCACAGAAAAGUGUGAUUAAUCAAAAUGAGAGAGAAUUUCAGGAAGGGGAAAUGGGAAGGGAGAAAAGAAAAAGAUAAAAACUGCAAAAAGGGGGAAAGGAAAAAAAGAGGGGGGAUGACCAAAAAUUCAUUAUUGAACAGUUUCUUAGUUCUUCUUGUACAAAUACAACAAUAACUGAAGGAUAUUUUAUGCGUUUCUCUCUCUGAUGGGUUUGGUAGAAAAUCUGUACUAGGGCAUGAGAAUCUUCAAGGGGCUUGGUUCUGAAUCCUCCAUCUACAGCUCCACCAUUGCUGGUUGGUUGUUUCUUCAAUCUGAUUUUAGAGGCACUUUUCAACUUUUUAUUUCAAGUGGGUUUGCUCCCUUCUCUCUCUAGCUGUUCAGCUGCAUAGUUUGUCCUCUUUGCCUGAGUGCAUGCAACCUGCAAAGGAGUGCUGAAAAUGGACAGGACCAGAUUGGAUUUGAGAUUUCAUCACUCUGGAUCUAUACAAUCAGAGGAAUCAGCUCUGGAUUUGGAAAGAAAUUACUGCAAUCAUCCUAAUCUGCCGUCGCCGAGCCCACCACCACUUCAAGCUUUUGCAUCCGGUGGCCAGCUCUCUGAAAGCAAUGCUGCAUACUUCUCAUGGCCUACUUCAAGUAGAUUAAAUGAUGCGGCUGAAGAUAGAGCAAACUAUUUUGGGAACCUUCAGAAGGGGGUAUUGCCAGAAACUCUUGGGCGGUUGCCAACUGGACAGCAAGCUACGACCUUGCUUGAGCUGAUGACAAUUAGGGCAUUUCAUAGCAAAAUAUUGCGUCGUUUUAGUCUUGGCACGGCAAUUGGGUUUAGGAUUCGACGAGGUGUGUUGACAGAAAUACCAGCCAUUCUGGUUUUUGUUGCACGAAAAGUUCAUCGGCAAUGGCUCAAUCACAUCCAAUGUCUACCAGCAGCCCUGGAGGGACCAGGAGGCGUAUGGUGUGAUGUGGAUGUUGUGGAAUUCUCUUACUAUGGUGCACCUGCACCAACACCCAAAGAACAAUUGUAUACUGAACUUGUCGAUGGCUUGCGAGGAAGUGAUCCAUGCAUUGGUUCUGGUUCCCAGGUUGCAAGCCAAGAGACAUACGGAACCUUGGGUGCUAUUGUAAAAAGCCGAACAGGAAACCAACAGGUUGGUUUCCUCACAAAUCGGCACGUGGCAGUUGAUUUGGACUAUCCAAGCCAGAAAAUGUUUCAUCCUCUGCCACCCAGCCUUGGACCUGGGGUGUAUCUGGGUGCAGUGGAGAGGGCAACAUCCUUCAUCACAGAUGAUCUUUGGUAUGGCAUCUUUGCCGGAACAAACCCAGAGACAUUUGUGCGUGCGGAUGGAGCCUUUAUUCCGUUUGCUGACGAUUUUAACGUCUCCAACGUAACAACAACAGUUAAAGGUGUAGGUGAGAUCGGUGAUGUCAACAUCAUAGACUUGCAAUCUCCAAUCAACAGUCUAAUUGGGAGGCAAGUGGUGAAAGUUGGAAGAAGCUCUGGAUUGACUACUGGGACCAUAAUGGCCUAUGCCCUAGAGUACAAUGAUGAGAAAGGGAUUUGUUUCUUUACCGAUUUUCUAGUUGUUGGUGAGAACCAACAGACGUUUGACCUUGAAGGGGAUAGCGGAAGCUUGAUUCUCUUGACGGGUCAGAAUGGGGAGAAGCCGCGGCCUGUUGGGAUUAUUUGGGGAGGAACAGCUAACAGGGGCAGAUUGAAACUAAAAGUUGGUCAACCCCCGGAGAAUUGGACUAGUGGAGUAGAUCUUGGACGUCUUCUUGACCUCCUCGAACUUGAUCUUAUCACAACCAGCGAAGGGCUUCAAGCUGCAGUGCAUGAGCAAAUAAAUGCUUCAGCGGCAGGGAUUGAUUCUACGGUCGGAGAGUCAUCUCCACCAGAACCAGUACUGCUGAAAAACAAAACUGAGGAGAACUUCGAGCCACUUGGUAUAAACCUCCAGCAGGUCCCCAUUGAAGGUGAGUCCCAGCAGGCAGUGCUCCCAUCCUUCAUACACACUGAGUUCCACAUAGAAGAAGGGGUUGAAGCUGCUCCCAAUGUGGAAGAACACCAGUUCAUCCCCAGCUGCCCUGGGAAAUCCCCAGUACACCAGAACAACAAACAGGAAAACCCAGAACUGAAAAACCUCUGGGCACUAAGGAAUACCUCUGAAGAAGAGAUGGCGGUUUCCCUGCAGCUGGGCAAACCCGAACCAAAGAGAAGAAAGCAGGCUGACUGAACCCCAAAUGAAGCAGAAAGGGAGCUACUCAUUCUGCCCAGAGAAUCCGGUCUCACGACGAAGUUCUUCUGAUUCUGCAUCCUAGCUACAAAUCAUGGCGGCCUUCAAAGCCUGAAAUGUGAGUAUGCCAUGGGAAAUAUGAGGUUGGUGCUCCAACUAGAUCAGUUGAGUAUUAUUCAUUUUUGAAUGUUUUGGUUAAGAUCACAACUAUAGAUUUACAUAUGUGGGGUCAUACAAUAUCUAAUAGAAAAUGUUUAGACUGUAAUUGUAUUUUUUUUUUCUUCUUUGAUUUGUAUCAUUUUGGUUAAGUUAUAAUGUUACCAUAAGCACUCCUAAAGAGUGAGUGCCAACAGCUAUUUGAAGAAGUUAGAAAAUCUAAAAAUUUCAUUUUCUCCUGCU